AUGGAGAGUUCAUUCUUUGAAUACCGUAACGAGACAGCGGCUGACAGUGGUUCCGAAUCGGAAUUUAUCGACGAUAGCUUAGUUGACGAAUCUUUUGGUGUAAAGAAAAAGAAUCACACAGUUUUUGUUGCCGAAUCUGAAGAAUCUACAACAGAUGAUGAAAAUGAGAAAGAGCAGGCACCAAAGAAUGUGUCCAAAUCUGUUGUUAAACGAAGCAGUGUGGUCCACAGCCAUGUUAUAUCUAGCAGUGAUGAUGACGCAGUUUCCCCCGAAAUAGUCCCAAAACGCAGACCCCUGAUUAGAAAAUCAUCAGCUAGUAACAAUGACUCAAUCAUUGGACGUAAAACCAAGAAACGAAUGAUGCUCAUCGAUUCGGACACAGAAAAUUCAAUCAUAAUAGAACAUGACAAGCAUAAGAAAUUAUUAUGUACGAAGGAUACCCCAUUGAAAAUAGACAGUGGGAAAAACCAGAAAAUUAAUGACGAAAGUAUGGUAGAAGAUAAUCUAUUAAAGAAUGACAGUCAAAUUGUUACGGAUAGUGACGAUGAAGAAGAGGUUCAGAAUGCAAGUAGGAAUGUUGAUAAGACUAAAUCUUUAGUCUAUGGUGGUUCUGAUGACAGUGACAAGGGUACGGAUGAGGAGUAUGAGGAGAGUGAUGACGAAGGCCCUGAUGAGGAUCAGAUGGUGAUGUCCAGAGCAACGAGGAUGAGUAUCAUGGGUGUGGUACCGAAGGGUAAUGAUAGCGACGAGUCUGAUUUCAUUCAGUCAGAUGAUAGCCAUCGAAACUCAAACCAGGGCUCCGUAGCGAGUCUCACGGACCUUCCAGAACUGGAAAUACCACCGAAAACUCCAGAAAAGACCACAGAAGACCAGGACUCCUCCAAAAUAACCUGCUCCCCCUUCUCAAGUCCUCUCCAAGACAUAACAAAUGAAUCAAUCAAUGCGCGGAAAUCCUUAGAAAAUAAGGAUGAGUGUGUAAUACUGAGUGAUGGAGAGAAAAAUGCGUCUAGCAGCCUUAGGAAUAAGGUGCUUAAUAAUUUGAUCGUGAAUAAGGCGAAGGAGAAUUUCAUACGGUAUGACGAUGACGUCACAAUUAUUGAUACAAAGCCGGAGAUUAUUGCGUUGAGCAGUGAUGAUGAAGAUGAGCCAAAAGUAGAAGAGAAGUCGCCUAAAGAACGAAAGUCACCGAGACCCAAACAGGUGGAAAUGUCUCAGAAUACGAAGACAAUUACCAAGUACCUGAUGCCUCCAAGCUAUCCUAGCCAGCAGGUCGUGUAUGUAAAGAAACACAUCAGGGAAGCCGAGCUGAUGAAGCUCGAGUCAUUGAAGGAAGACCUUAAAAAUGUUAAGUACCUCCUCGAAGAGAUGGAUGUGAACACUCUCCCAGACGGUGGCGGCAAGCUGAUAGAGAGGAUGACCAGCCUAGAGGAGCAGUUCCGACGCCAGGGAGAGAAGGUCGCCAACAUGGUGGUCGAACAAGAUAAUCCAAGUGCGGUGGAUGUAGACAAGAAAGGCCUCAGCUGGGACGAGCUGCAGAAGGCCAGUAAUGCUGUCAUGCCGCGCAUGUUUGGCAAACAGGCGAUGGCGACCCACAUGGCGGAGAGGAACCUGAUCCUGGACCGCCUGCGCGACCUGUACGAGUCGCUGGCGUCGCGGCCGGCCGAGUCCCAGCUGGCGGCGCCGCCCCGCGCGCUGCGCUCCACGCUCAUGCCGCACCAGCUGCACGCGCUCGCCUGGCUGCGAUGGAGGGAGACGCAGAGGCCCAGGGCUGGGAUACUCGGUAACCUACCUCACACAAUACUUCUACAGCCUUACCGUUAUAAAAUUUACAACAAAUAUGCAAACAGCGUUUGUUCUUCAUCAUCAUCAGCCUAUAAGAGCCCACUGCUGAGCAAAGGCUUCUUCUCAUACAGAGAAGCGGAUGACAUGGGUCUCGGUAAAACAAUCACGAUGAUAGCUCUGAUAGCGAGCGACAAGGAGGAUAAAAUUGACGAGGAUGACGACGAUGAUGAUGACGGUCUACCUGCUAAGGGCAAGAUGCCCCGCGGAGGCACGCUGGUGGUAUGCCCCGCGUCGCUGAUGCAGCAGUGGGCGGGGGAGGUCAGCAAGCACUGCGCCGCGCACGCGCUGUCCGUCUGUCUGCAUCAUGGCGCCGCGCGGACCCAGGCCGCCGCCAGGCUCGCUGGACACGACCUCGUACUCACUACCUACAACAUCAUGCAGCGGGACAAUGAAAAGAAAGGAGUAUUAAUGCGGGUGUACUGGCGCCGCGUUAUCCUGGACGAGGCGCACGUGGUCCGCAACCACAAGUCUGCGACCUGCGGCGCGGCCGGCGCCCUGCGCGCGCCCCGCCGCUGGUGCCUCACGGGGACGCCCGUGCAGAACAAGGACCUCGACCUCUUCGCGCUGCUCAAGUUCCUGCGCUGCUCGCCCUUCGAUGACCUCACCAUGUGGAAGAAAUGGAUAGACAACAAGAGCCUGGGCGGUCAGGAGCGGCUGAGUACAAUAAUGCAGUGUCUGCUCCUGCGGCGGACCAAGCAACAGCUGGUGCAGCGCGGCCAGCUCGCCUGUCUGCCGCGCCGCGCCGCCCAUACUCGCACCGUCACGCUCACGCAACAUGAGAUGAAUGUAUACCAGAAGGUAAACAUUGCUAUACUAUUGGCUAGUACCAAGCAACAGCUGGUGCAGCGCGGCCAGCUCGCCUGUCUGCCGCGCCGCGCCGCCCAUACUCGCACCGUCACGCUCACGCAACAUGAGAUGAAUGUAUACCAGAAGGUAAACAUUGCUAUACUAUUGGCUAGUACCAAGCAACAGCUGGUGCAGCGCGGCCAGCUCGCCUGUCUGCCGCGCCGCGCCGCCCAUACUCGCACCGUCACGCUCACGCAACAUGAGAUGAAUGUAUACCAGAAGGUAAACAUUGCUAUACUAUUGGCUAGUACCAAGCAACAGCUGGUGCAGCGCGGCCAGCUCGCCUGUCUGCCGCGCCGCGCCGCCCAUACUCGCACCGUCACGCUCACGCAACAUGAGAUGAAUGUAUACCAGAAGGUAAACAUUGCUAUACUAUUGGCUAGUACCAAGCAACAGCUGGUGCAGCGCGGCCAGCUCGCCUGUCUGCCGCGCCGCGCCGCCCAUACUCGCACCGUCACGCUCACGCAACAUGAGAUGAAUGUAUACCAGAAGGUAAACAUUGCUAUACUAUUGGCUAGUACCAAGCAACAGCUGGUGCAGCGCGGCCAGCUCGCCUGUCUGCCGCGCCGCGCCGCCCAUACUCGCACCGUCACGCUCACGCAACAUGAGAUGAAUGUAUACCAGAAGGUAAACAUUGCUAUACUAUUGGCUAGUACCAAGCAACAGCUGGUGCAGCGCGGCCAGCUCGCCUGUCUGCCGCGCCGCGCCGCCCAUACUCGCACCGUCACGCUCACGCAACAUGAGAUGAAUGUAUACCAGAAGGUAAACAUUGCUAUACUAUUGGCUAGUACCAAGCAACAGCUGGUGCAGCGCGGCCAGCUCGCCUGUCUGCCGCGCCGCGCCGCCCAUACUCGCACCGUCACGCUCACGCAACAUGAGAUGAAUGUAUACCAGAAGGUAAACAUUGCUAUACUAUUGGCUAGUACCAAGCAACAGCUGGUGCAGCGCGGCCAGCUCGCCUGUCUGCCGCGCCGCGCCGCCCAUACUCGCACCGUCACGCUCACGCAACAUGAGAUGAAUGUAUACCAGAAGGUAAACAUUGCUAUACUAUUGGCUAGUACCAAGCAACAGCUGGUGCAGCGCGGCCAGCUCGCCUGUCUGCCGCGCCGCGCCGCCCAUACUCGCACCGUCACGCUCACGCAACAUGAGAUGAAUGUAUACCAGAAGGUAAACAUUGCUAUACUAUUGGCUAGUACCAAGCAACAGCUGGUGCAGCGCGGCCAGCUCGCCUGUCUGCCGCGCCGCGCCGCCCAUACUCGCACCGUCACGCUCACGCAACAUGAGAUGAAUGUAUACCAGAAGGUAAACAUUGCUAUACUAUUGGCUAGUACCAAGCAACAGCUGGUGCAGCGCGGCCAGCUCGCCUGUCUGCCGCGCCGCGCCGCCCAUACUCGCACCGUCACGCUCACGCAACAUGAGAUGAAUGUAUACCAGAAGGUAAACAUUGCUAUACUAUUGGCUAGUACCAAGCAACAGCUGGUGCAGCGCGGCCAGCUCGCCUGUCUGCCGCGCCGCGCCGCCCAUACUCGCACCGUCACGCUCACGCAACAUGAGAUGAAUGUAUACCAGAAGGUAAACAUUGCUAUACUAUUGGCUAGUACCAAGCAACAGCUGGUGCAGCGCGGCCAGCUCGCCUGUCUGCCGCGCCGCGCCGCCCAUACUCGCACCGUCACGCUCACGCAACAUGAGAUGAAUGUAUACCAGAAGGUAAACAUUGCUAUACUAUUGGCUAGUACCAAGCAACAGCUGGUGCAGCGCGGCCAGCUCGCCUGUCUGCCGCGCCGCGCCGCCCAUACUCGCACCGUCACGCUCACGCAACAUGAGAUGAAUGUAUACCAGAAGGUAAACAUUGCUAUACUAUUGGCUAGUACCAAGCAACAGCUGGUGCAGCGCGGCCAGCUCGCCUGUCUGCCGCGCCGCGCCGCCCAUACUCGCACCGUCACGCUCACGCAACAUGAGAUGAAUGUCUACCAGAAGGUGCUAGUGUUCUCCAAGACGCUAUUCGCCCAGUUCCUGCACCAGCGCGCUGAGAAGAACUCGGACACGCAAGGGUUUACUUCGGCCGGGAACAGCGCGUACGAUAAGAUGCAUAAGAAAAUGAUCGCCCUGCAAGGAGCGAAACCAGUAAAGUCCCACGAGAUCUUGGUCCUCUUACUCCGACUGCGACAAGUAUGUUGCCACUGCGGCCUCAUCGCCGCCAUGUUGGACGAGGAGAGCGCCGCCGACGUACAAGAUGACCCCGCCGGCCAGGACUUACUCGCCGAGCUGAACAAACUGUCCAUUGAAGAUUCCAGCUCUAGACGGAAGAGCAAAAAGUCUGAUGAUGAAGAAGAAGGCCCCCAGCAAGAAGGCACCACGGCGGCGGAAGCAAUCCGCUCGGUCCUGUCUCCCAACAACCCCGUGUUUGAGCUCAGCAACCCUUCCUCCAAGAUCAAGGCUGUCAUGGACUGUCUGAACAACGAGGUUUUCGUUCAUAAAGGUUAG